GGAAACUUAAUGCGCUGCCUGUUUUGCUGUAAUCUAUCUGUAGCUUCAAAUGCUUGGCUACGACAUGUCCUGGGCAUCUUUCCAUAUAGUCGAAGUAAUGUCGAGUCCAAAACUGUUACAUAAACGGGCGGGUUACUUGGCAGCCACGCAAUCGUUUCAGCAAGACACGGAUGUGCUUAUGCUUACUACCAAUUUAAUCAAAAAGGACUUGGCUUCGUCUUCCCCCCUCGAAAUUGGGAUUGCCGUCAACGGACUUUCGCAUAUCGUUACGGCCGACCUAGCACGCGAUCUAUGUCAAGAUCUAGUCGCCAUGCUGAACCACUCGCGUCCGUAUAUUCGCAAAAAGGUCGUGCUAGUGCUGUACAAAGUGUUUUUAAAGUUCCCUGAAGCGCUUCGACUCAGCUUCCCGCGUUUAAAAGAAAAGCUCGAGGAUGCGGAUCCAUCUGUCGUAUCUGCAACCGUCAGUGUCGUUUGUGAACUAGCUCGAAAGAAUCCACGCAAUUACUUGUCGUUGGCGCCGCAGCUAUUCCGAUUGCUGACGACUUCUGCGAAUAACUGGAUGCUCAUUAAAAUAAUUAAAAUGUUUGCAUCACUUACACCGCUCGAACCAAGACUUAUUAAAAAGCUGCUCCCACCACUUACUUCGCUUAUUCAAACAACGCCAGCCAUGUCCCUUUUAUACGAAUGCAUUCACACCGUGAUCACGGGAGGGUUCCUGGAAGCGGCGGGUGAUUCCAGUCAUGCGUUAGCUGCAACCUGUGUGAACAAGCUCCGACGGUUUUUGGAGGAUCCGGAUCAAAACUUAAAAUACGUUGGUCUACUGGCAAUGAGUCGACUUUUGUCGACCCAUCCCAAAUUGAUCGCUGAGCAUAAGGAUAUCAUUUUGGAAUGCAUUGAUGAUGACGAUUUCAGUAUACGAUUCCGUGCACUUGACCUUGUUGUUGGCAUGGCAAACAAAAAGAGUCUUGUUGAUAUAGUGAAGCGACUUAUUACCCAUUUGGUGCCUGGCGACAGCAAUGGCACAUCGUCUCUUCACGAAGCAUCGAGCGUCCUUGAUCCAGUUUAUCGCACCGACAUUAUCAAUCGCAUCGUUUUUAUCAGUAGUCAGAAUCAAUACCGCAACGUGUCCAACUUCGAGUGGUACAUUACAGUUUUAGUUGGACUGGCGCAUGUUUCUGGGGUGAGCGUGGGCGAGAUCUUGACAACUCAGCUGAUGGAUGUCAGUGUGCGCGUCAAGAGCGUACGUCCAUUCGCAGUAAAGCAGAUGUUCCGUUUGUUAUCCGACCAUCAACUUUUGAGAACAGCCAGAAAGCGCGACACCAACAUCGAAGUGCUUUCUGCUGCUGCAUGGAUUUGCGGUGAAUAUUGCAGUUUCCUUGAUAACAUUCCUGCUACCCUCGAAUGUUUGUUGACACCCUAUGUUGUCGACAUGCCUGUCAAGGUGCAGGCUAUCUAUGUCCACAAUAUAAUCAAGAUCUAUGCCUUCUGGGUAAAUGAAUUGAUUGACGAAUGGAAUACCGAGCUGCAAACAGAAUUUGUCAAGGUGACCGAAGUCAUGAAGGAUAAGAUUAGCAUGUUUACACGCAGUGCCGAUCUUGAGGUCCAAGAGCGAGCUUGCAAUGCACAAGCUAUUUUUGAUAUAGUCUUGGCUGCAAUUUCACAAGAUCUUACUAGUGAACAGGCACCACUUGUGCUCCAGGGUCUUCCUGCGCUAUUCUCUUUGUAUGAGCUCAACCCUGUGGCACCCAAAGCCCAAAGAAAAGUACCUGUUCCUGACGACUUGGACCUGGAUGUCUGGAUCAACGAGCCACUUCCUGAUCUCGUAGACGACAGUGAAUCUGAAAUUGCUUCCCUGGAAUCGCCUAGCAUUGAUGUGGAUACACACGCCACUACAAGCACUAAAAAGAAGAAAAAGAAGAGCCGAUCGAAGCGAUAUGACGAAGAUGACAGCGAAGACGACGAGGAUAAGGAGCGUCGACGCGCUGCACGGUUGGAAGCACUGCGUAACGAUCCCUACUAUAUCAUGUCGGACAAAUCAGAAAAGCAAAAGCAACAAGCCAAAUUGUUGGAUCUGGAAGAGGAUGUGGAUUCGAUUCCUAUUGUGAAGCUCUCAAUAGAUGAUUUCGAUGUGGCUGGCAGUAGUGGUAAAUCCAAGAAGCACAGAAAGAAAUCCAAGGGCAAACGGCAGGCCCGUGUACCCUCACCUCCACCACCAGUGUAUGCGCCUGAAGAAAUGCCAGAAGAUGCCGUAGACUCCGCAAGCGAUCAAGAAGGUGCCAAUGGAAGCAGUAAGAGACGGGGCAGUGGUGGAGCUUAUAGCAAGUCUCAGCAACAACGUGGCAAGGAUAUCUUUGCUACAGAUGAUGACGGUUUGAACACGGUGGAUCUGAAUACGCCUUUGGGUGCUGAUGAGCGGUUCCCCGAGAUGCAGACUUAUUCGAGUCCAGAAGAGCUGCGACGGCGAGAAGAAGCACGUGCACGCGUGGAAAAAAGAGAACGACGGUUGGCGCAAUCUGCAUCUACAACUGCGCUCAAGGAUGAUGGCGAGCGCAAAAAGAAAAAGAAGAAGAGAAAGAGUGUUGAUGGAGAAGUCAAAAAGCCCAAGAAAUCAACGUCAGGCACAGCAACCAAGGAGAAAAAAAAGAAAAAGAAGAAAGCCGCUGCUGCUGAACAAGAGCCCGAGUCCGUGGAGAAUGUUCAAUCAAAUGAAGUGCCCGAUAUGCCCACAGAAGAGCUUCUGAAGGAUCAAUUAAAACAAAUUCCGCCUGAGCUCCUAUUAAGUAACGAAAAUAUCGAAUUGCACUAUCUAUUAUCAUUAUCAGAUGAAAAGGACAACGGCACUUCGGUCGUUGAAGCUAGACUGAACAUGAAGAACAAGACAACCGAUGCUACACUCACCAACUUACAUUUCACGACGAUCGAGUCGUUCGAUUUCAGAUACGUAGAACACAUGCGACAUCCUGACCUUGCAUCCUUAAGUGAUACAUUUGAGUUGGAGGCUGGAAAAGACAUUGAAGCAGCAGGCUAUUUUGCCGUAACCGGUGACAUUCGACGUGGACUUUGCCUACGAUGCGACAUGCAAUAUGAUAUACAGGACUCGUCCGCAUUAAACCAGAUACCACUCGAAAUGAUUGUUCGGCCGAGCGUUUUCUUAAUCCAAGACCAAGCGAUGGAUCCCACAGAAUUCGCCAACUUGCUUGCUGAACACGGCCAGGAGUUCGAUUACCGAGACACAGUGACCAUUGAGAUACCCAUCGCAACUGACGCGGCAGUUGACCAAAAGCUCAUUGAUGCGCUGAGCACGAUUACUAGCACAACACGACUGCAAGUGGUCGAGGUUGUUCCCGGUGCAGCAUCACUUUAUGCUAAGAGUAUCCAAGGCUCGCAGAUUGCAGGCUUACUGAAAUACGACUUGACCUCUCAAGAAGGAAAUGCAACCAUUACGAUAGACCUUAAAUGUACCGACGAUGGCUUUUUGGAAGCCUUUGUGGAUCAACUGAAAGCCAUCCAACUCUAAUGUUUUUUCUUUCACACACACACACACAAACACACACACGCAGCACACUCUCACGCACUCUCUUCAUCUCCAUCUUUUAUGUGUAUAGUAAUAGUAAUAAAAAGA